CAUUUGCAUUUGCAUUUGCAUUAAUUCAUCAAAGCGACUUACUAGUGAGGCAGAACAAUCCAAACACAGAGCUGAGCUACUUUCACAAACUGUAGUCAGUCAUUGAAGACCUGUUUGCUUCUUUCGUUUUGCAUUGGAAUUACAAGUCUAAUGUACACUGCUAGUCAAAUGUGUUUUGAACACAUUUCCUGCAGUUUCUUAAUUGUUAUUACAGUUUACUCACUAUUAUUGCCACAGACCAAACAAAAUAAUAUGGAAUAACAAUUAAAUAAGGGAACCAAACUUUGUGUAACUUAUUAACUGCUCGCUCUCAGAUCCUAAUGGGACUCUAAAUGAGUGUUUUAUUUAAGGCUGGUGCACUUGGAGGAUAAAAACCUUUAAGCCUAUAGAUAAACGACUCAUAGACAGUGCUAGAAUUAAUUGUACAACUUAAAUAUAUGGUGUGAUACAACUCUAUUACACCACAGCUCUGCUGAAUUCUCGAAUCUGAUUGGUCAGAGGUUUUGUAUAUUAUGCUCCUCACAAUUUAAACCUAAUUAUAAACUGAUUAAAAACAUUAUUUAACAAAGUUAAAUUUAUUUGGUUGAUAUAUGAUUCUGUAAGGAGGGUUUAUUUAUAAAUUAUGUAAGGAGUCUCCAGUUUUAGCACUUUCUUAACCAACUUUUCAGAGGUUCCUUUCAGUUUUCGAUCUUCAAGGAAAAUCUUCAGGACAGAGGAUGUGUUUUGCAGUUUCUCUGUAACAGGCUUCAUUUUUCUGUCUUAUGAACUCCAAGAGAAAGUGAGGUAACAACUGUUUAUAGCUGCUAUAAUGUAAGUGAUAACAGGAACUAACUUGUUUUGAUGUUCAGUAACAUUAAAUGUAAAUAUAAAUGAAUAAAAAGUAUGACGUGUAGUUCUUUAAUAAAAAUAAAAAUUUGUCAUUGUUGGCAAAUUGCUGUGGUUUAAAGGGAAUAAAAUACUUUGAAACAUACAUUCUAGGUUACAAUACUGGAGAAAAUCAUCAGCAAAUUUGCUCAAAAUGAUUUUACAUUACAAAAAACAGAAUUCUACCUGAUUUUUAACCAAAUAUAGUAACUGGAUGAUUUUUUUUAAAGAAUUGUAUUGUAUUCUGGUGCAUAUGUUUAUGGGAAAAAUAGUUUUGGGUGAGAUGGAUGGUUUCACUGAAAAAUUAAAGGCACAAACAUUAGAUGACUGAUUUGUAGAAGUGGAAAAUUGUACAAAUGAGAAAUUUUUUUUUUGCCAAACUUUAACGGUUAAUCAAGAGCCCAGCAAUGGUUCUUGAUUGUGUGAGGGUCUUAGUUAAUCAGUGUUUUAGUUAAUCACCCUUUCUUCACAGAUUUUAAAAGGACUAUGUCAAAUCUGCUGUCUUAGUGCAAAGACCACAUUUUUCAGGUGCACAUUUGGAGGCAAAUGACGUCCAUCCCUCUGGCAUUCAUUACAUGUACGCCAUGCAGGAGUCAUCACUAACCAAAUCGGCUUAAACGUUGGUACCCUAAUUUGAGUUGGAAAUAGGAAUGCAUUCAAAUGUAAAUGUGUUUAUUUUCGAUAUGUCCCUCACUAUUUAAGAUAUCAGCAAGGCUCCAGGUUAACAGGUUUGUUUUGAUUUGUGCGUGCAUGACUCAAAUGCAAAGUGUGUGUUAGUGCUUGUCAAUGUUUUCUUAACCCACAUGGGCUCCGGUUACCUGUGUGUACUUCAUCGUGGGCGGAUCUGCUCAGGAAAGAACAGGCAUAAGUGUGUGAAGCCUCAUAUGCUUGGAUACACUCUCAGUUCUCAGCUUGGCAGGACUUUUAUGAGAAACACAAAGGACUACAAUGCGAUUGACACCUUUCUCUUGAAACCAAACUGAAGGCCAUCCUGAGAGAAGACUUUUUACCAUGGCAAUGGGUUUUUCCCAGGACCAGGUGGCGUGUGUGUGUGAAGUUCUUCUUCAGAGCGGGUGUAUUGACCGCCUAUCAUCCUUCCUUCGUUCUGUACCUUCUCUCUCCACAUACUCUACGUCCUCGUACCUGGGCCCACAGCACAGUGUGGAGAGCGUGUUGAAGGCACGGGCAGCUGUGGCCUUCCACCAGGGUCGGUUCAGCGAGCUCUACGCUCUCAUCGAGGGCAACAUGUUCUCCCCAUGCAGUCACUCACUUCUCCAGCAGCUCUGGCUCCGGGCACGCUACCUGGAGGCUGAGCUGCAGCGAGGGCGCCCUCUUGGAGCUGUGGGCAAAUACCGCAUACGGCGUAAGUUCCCCCUGCCUCGAACCAUCUGGGAUGGAGAAGAGACAAGCUACUGCUUCAAGGAGAAGUCCCGGUGUGUGCUGAGAGAGUGGUACUGCAGGAAGCCCUACCCCUCACCCAGAGAGAAGCGGGAUUUAGCCACAGCAACUGGUCUCACAGCCACUCAGGUCAGCAACUGGUUCAAGAACCGCCGUCAGCGGGACAGAGCUGCUCAGGGCCGCAAAGGGCAAAUGGAGGAUGCUGUGCCAGAGUGCUUGGGCUCAGACGACACUAGAGGUUCACUCCACAGGUCUGACGAUGACCUUUCACCUCCACCUAGCCCCAACUCAAGAGGAGAACUGUUGCCCUGCUCUCAGCUCUCCUCAGCUCAGCCUCCACCUCUCAGGCACCUGGGAGCUGUGCACUACUUUCCCUACUGAGGCGACUUGAGCCUUCAGUGCAGACUAAACACUGUGAGCUGGAGAAUGAGACAGUGAGCUGGAGAAUGAACAUGGACAGACAGCUACUGCCCCCCAGUGAUGAAAAAGCAGAAUUCCCUCACUCUGAGUAGUCUGUUGGAUACACUUGUACAUGCCUUAUCAAAAAGACAUAAAGAAAGUGUCUUAUUAUGCUACAGGAAAUUGCUACAUGUUUCAAAAUAUUAAUUUCCUCCUUAUCUACUUGUAUUUUGUAACAAACCACAUUUACUUUAUAUUCCAGGACCGUAAAAUGUUUUUGCCCUCAAGAAGGUGGUGUAACUUCUGCAGCAAACUGAUGUAUAUGUAUUUCACUUCCUCUGUUACUUUUACUUAGCUACCAUUUUGUUACUUUAUAAAGAAAAAAAAUAUGUUGUCUUUACAAUUGUCUAUUUUAGGCAUUCUUUUCAGUAUAUAGUGCACUGCACUGGUUUUACAAUGACAUUAUGUUACACCCUAUGUAGUGAGCAUAUGUAGUGAAUAGGAAGCCAUUUGGCCUGAGUCGGAGGAGCUUAAUUAAAAAAAAAAUGUUAAAAUAGAAAUCCUUUGUGAAGAUAAGUUGAAAAAUUAAAGUUGAUCUAAAA